AUGGCCAAUGGCCUUCGCCGCAGGCAAGGACAGCACCCAGGACCAGACCUUGUCAAGGUACCGCAGCACCAGAACCCCUUGUACAUUGGCUGCUCGACCGAGCUGUCCACGCGCCUCAAGGCCUACAACGUCAACGGCAGCCUCGCCAACGUCAACAAGCCUCUGGCCUUUUUGCUCUCCGUGCUGAGACAUGCCGGUCUCGAGCCGGAGCUGACGCAGAGAAUCGUGGUCAAGGUCUGGAACGCCUCAUGCAAGUUCUUGGCCAACAUGGAGGCGAUUUCUGAUUGCCAUGACAAAAUCCUCGCCGUUGCUCGGGAGAUUGAACAGGAUUCGGAUGCUAUCGAUGCCAUGGACAAGUGCUGGAACGAGAGCCUCCGUCCCGAAGCCGAGGUCAACCUAAAGGUGCUGCAAGACCAGCUCAAUGAGGCCGUAGAGCAGGGAACCUGGUGGGCAGAGCUCCAUGAGCUCACGCAGCUCAUCCAGGAGCGCAUGAACUUGGGCGGCGAUAGCACUACUGGUUCGAGUGAUGCCUCUGCAAGCAAAUAG